AUGAGCUCUGUGGACCCAAACAGCAACCAUGGCAAAACCAAUAGUCCAUCCAGUCAAGACCCAGCUGCACCCUUGGUCGAAUCCCUCCAAGACCUGACCAUAGUCGAGUCGUUGGACUCCGAGGGCAAAACAAAAUCAACCACAUUCUACCACAUCACCAAAGACGAGGAGGUCUAUUUCGGGCAGACAUCAAAAAACAAGCGCGAAACAACAAUUCCUGAAUUCAAUGCCGCUCUCCAGCGCAUCCCCGAUCAGGAUAUAUACCCGGCUGUUCCGUCGGAUAGCCAACUGACACUCGCACCGGAGGGCCUGGAUGAACCAUCGGUGUAUGUGAAACGACCUGGUCUCCAGUGGUACGACGAGAUGUGCGGCACGACCUGGAUUCCCAAGACCGUGCUAGACGAGACACUCGUCAUGGAAAAGAUCUCACAAUCACAACCGCCUCAUCCGAACAUCAUCCGGUAUCACGGCUGUCGCGUGCGAAGGGGGUAUAUCACCUGCAUUGUUCUCGAGCAGCUGGACCAGACGCUACAUGAGUUUGUCUCAACGGACGAGUUCCAGGACUUUGACAAGACCGGCCUCUGCGAAUCGGUUGCCUCGGCUGUGGAAUUCUUGCACUCGUUGGGGCUCGCGCAUAAUGAUAUCAAUCCGUAUAACAUCAUGCUGAGGACGGAUAGAACCCCGGCUUUGAUUGACUUCGACUCCUGCCAGCCUGUGGGGCAUCGCUUGCAGUCGUUGGGGACCGAGGGUUGGUAUGAAAAGCCGUUUUAUACUUCCGAGAAGGAACAUGACCUGUACGCGAUGGGGAAAUUGAGGAAGUGGAUUCAGGAUCCUAGGUGA